GUUAUGCAGUUGUGCAUUCAUUGUAAAAUGCGCGAAGUCUAUACGUGCACAUAACAUGAACAUUAAUCUUAUGAACUCAUUUUAAGUUUCCUUCGAGUUUAUUUGGCUUCUGCGGAUUAACGAUGUCAACUUUACAUGGUGCUGAUGGCUUCCACAUAUGCCGUGUUUGCGGUGACAAGAGCUCGGGUCUGCAUUAUGGGGUUCUAUGUUGUGAAGGUUGUAAGGGAUUUUUCUUCAGAACCGUCCGUAAAAAUAAACAGUACGACGUAUGCGGCCGACCAGGUCGAUGCAUUGUCCUGAAAUCAAGCCGAAACGGCUGUAAAUUUUGUCGAAUGCAGCGGUGCCUUGACCUUGGCAUGAGCUAUGAAGCGGUGAAGAUGGGACGACCAAAAACAAUUGACAAAAAAGCGCUCACAAUAACAAAAACAACGUCAAUCAGCGAAGCGAAGGUUAAUCUCACUCUGAACGUUUACUCAGCUUUCAUGAAAGCCAUGCAAGGCAUCAAAGAAGCAACGCAGGAGGUGGAUAAUACAGAACCCGAGUGUCGUUAUUACAUUGUAACUGGAGCGGUUCAUUUCUCAUCCAUUUUUGCAAAAGAACAAUACAUGUUUCGGCAGCUAGCACAAGAGACGCAGGUGUCGUUGCUAAAAUUAGCCCUGCUCGAACUGGCAGUUUUCAAAGAUAUUCUGGAGCCAGCAAAAAAUAAUAGCCAUAAGUGCCAGAACGCUGAAGCUAUGAAGGCUGACCCAACAUAUGACAACGCGAUGGAAGCAUUGCGUGGUACUGGUUCAAAAAUAAAGCGUAAAUUAGAUGGAAUAAAAUUGACGUUCGUGGAAAUUGGAUUGUUUCUUGGAUUGAUAUUGUUCUGUUCUGAUCGAGUACCCAAUGACUGUACAGAUUUUCAUGUCGUCAUGCAAACAGAGCAGUCACUUCUGCUAGCCUUGAAAUACCAGAUUGUCAUGAACCACAACCGCCAUAUUGAAAUCCUUCCGCAUGUUAUUGAAAUUCUUUGCAUACUAAGGGGACUAAGUGAGGUUCAUUUAGACACGUUUUUGACAUUCUUUUUAUGACCGAUCUCCGUGUGCCAUGUUGACUCUCACUUCACGGAUCUUGUGGAUCAAAGGGACACAGCUGGCCUUGACAUGUUAGAUAGUUAUGAACUACAACCGCCAUAUUACAAUACUUUCGUAUGUGAUUGAAAUAGGGCUGAUAGAGAGCUGCACUUGGACCAGAAUUUGACUUAUUUUUUUACUGUAAUGUAAAGUUACUUUAACGUUCGAGGGAGAGCAAUCGUUAACUUAUAUCUACCGGGAAUGCUAAUAACUUUUAGAAAUAUAUAUAUUAACAUUUUUGCUGAUGACAUAUUAUCCAUUUUUUCUUAACGAACCAAGACAAUUAAUGUUUAAUAACAUGCCAAUUUUUAUCUCAUUUGUUAGUAUCUUGUUUCAUUGCCUCCUAUUGUUUAUCGUUCUACAAAUAUUUGCUUUUCAAACAAUAAUUUGAUUCAAAUUAUCAUAUCACGCACCCAAAAAUAUGGAUGUUAUAAAAACAA